AUGUUGGGGAACUUGAGCUGCCAUUUGAUUGCAAAUAUGGCCUCCAACGACGAAAGGAAAAAAGAGUCUUUGUGUCUCUUGCAGAUCACGGAUCCAUUGCCAGUUCCUGCAUCGAGAAGAUCUGUAAAUAUGAUCCCAACGGGAACAAGAUCUAAUCGUUUAGCCAGCGACAAAACCUUCUCUUCGUCUUCCCAGUUCUGCAAGAUUAAACCAUCCUCCUGGUCAACUUGA